AUGUGUAAUACAGGUGUUCAAGCAAGGCGACCGGACAUAACUAUCGAAGAUGUGAAAGGAAGUGAAAUGUGUAUGCUUUACACCGGUUUACCGAAUGUUUCAACAUUCAAUUUACUAUUUGACGAAUUAGUUGAUGCUGAAAUCAACACCUGUCGAGCCGGUAAUGGUGAAAAUCAAGGACGCCCAAGAUCUCUCAGGCUAAUUGAUAAAUUCUUUCUGGUUUUGAUACGGUUAAGGCUAGGGCUUUUGCUGGAGGAUUUGGCAAAAAGAUUCCAUAUUUCCAAGUCAACAUGCAGCAACCUAACUAGUAGAUGGAUUACAUAUUUGUCAAUUAAACUUUCAUCCCUAGUACCUUGGCCAUCAAAAGCCACUAUUUCAGAAACCAUGCCAAAAAAAUUUAAAAAGAAAUAUCCGAACUGCCGUGUCAUUAUUGAUUGUACUGAAUUUUAUACAGAAACUCCACAAUCUUUAGCUAAUAAAUCCCUCAUGUAUUCCCAUUACAAAUCUCAUAUGACAUGGAAAGCAUUGUUGGGUAUUAGCCCUUAUGGAAUAAUAACUUUUGUCUCGGAUUUGUGGACAGGUAGCAUAAGUGACAAACAGUUGACAAUGAAGUGUGGUUUACUAGAUUUGUGUGAAGCUGGGGAUGCUAUUAUGGCAGAUAAGGGAUUUUUAAUAUCUGACUUAACAACACCCAGAGGCAUGCAUCUUAUCAUACCGCCUUUAAAAAUGCAACGUUUUAAUCGCAGACAGGUUGAAGAAACCCGAAGGAUUGCCAAUUUAAGAAUUGAUGUAGAACGUGCUAUGGAAAGAGUAAAAAACUUUCGAAUUCUGCAAGGUGUGAUGCCAAUUACCCUUUCACAGCAGGCAUCUAAAAUUUUAAAGGUCUGUGUUGGACUGUCAAACAUGUUACCCCCUCUGGUGCAUGAUGGUGAUGAUUAA